ACAAUUCGUUUUUCACUGAAUUAUAAUGUUUUCAUCAACCAUUUUAAUGUCGCGGCUUUCUCAAGUGAAGUGUGUUGUUGAUGUUUAUCCAGUUGUUGUUUGGGCGCUGGAGAAAAGGUGCAGCCUGAUUGGCAGCGCAUUUUUUGAAAAGGAGGCCGCUGAUUGGCCGAUACUCGCCCUUCUGUAAUGAUUUAAAAUUUAAGUGCAGCUUGUGAUCAUCAUAUUAAAACACUUUAACUGAUCUACAUAAUAGAGAAAUAUAUAUGUAAUAUACAUUAUACAGUCACACAAAAAACAUUUCAGACACCAGAUAUAAUUUUUGAUAUGUUUAUAGUUGGUGCAGGACACAAUAGUUCGUUUUAUGUAAGCGAGGAUAGCAGAAUAAAGUAAAUUGUGACUCAAUUAUACCCAAAAAUUAUUCAUACAGUGGACUACCAGUUAAACUGAUUUGGGACCAAAAAUAAUUCAGACACUUUGACCUGACCACAUUUUGCUUAAGUGUUUUUUUUUUUUCUUUAAUUGCCAUUAAGAGCUUUUUACAACACAGACUGAACAAGCAUUGCUUGGUAACUGGUUUGCCAUAAAUUGGUAUUUUCUAAUUGUGUACUUAAAUUUCACAGCUGACAGCUAUUCAAUUUAAUUUAUUAAAUAUCUUUCUUUCAAAGUUAUCUGACAUUAUCAAGGUGAAUUUGUUCUGACACAGUUAAACUCAGAGUUCUUGUCAUAUUUAUUACCAUUUUCUGAACUAUAGCGAAUAAAUUGUAAUAAAGUGAGAAAUGUUGAAGGUUUCUGAAUCAUUUUUGAGUUGACUGUAUGAUCAGUGAACACAUCCCACACUGCAGUAGAAGAAACCUGCAAUAAACCCUUAUGACAGAAAAAUGUAUUAAUAUAUAUUUAUUUAUAUUUAAACAACCCUUAUUUGUAUGGUUGAGACUGAAAAUGAAUGAGUGAGCGAAAAAAGAGGCUUGCCAAAUGAGGAAACAGGGCCACAAGGAUGUUACUCACAACAUCAAUCACUUGUUGGUGGGGUCAGUGAUGUCUGAUUAAUACUGCUGCCCGUCUGGGCACAUCCCACCGGAAACUGACACGGGAGAAGUCAGUGACAUCACAAAAUGAGAAAUAGGACCUACGGGUGAAUCUGAUGAAAUAGCAAACACGGAACAUGCCAUAACUAGCAAACAGGGCAAGUUAUAGACAGAUAUUAUUGAUAACUUGCUAAUUUGCCUCUUUAAACUGAAUUCUCAUUGUAAAAGAUGACCUUAUGGCUCUACUGCCUACAUAAGCAGCCAAUAUAACAUCCUAUUUGAAUAUCAAAUUAUGAAAUGUUUUAGGUAAAGUACAAGCUAAGCGCUAUGUUUCCCUACACCUGCAUUUAUGACCAACCCAGAAAAAUACAUGCCUCAGCUGUUCGCCCAUGACUCACAGUCUAGUCAUUUCACCCACAUGCCCAUGACCUCCUACAUCUCCCAUCAUGCCUUGAGACACAACACUACGGUAGAAAAGCAUCAGUGGUGUGCUGCUGUGCACAGACUGGCUGCUGAUCAAUCACACUGGUCAGGAAGGGAAGGAACAGAAACAAGGAGUGAAACGAGAAAAUAAAAGAUAGGGAAACAGAGAGACUGCAGGGUGAAAGAAGGAUUCUUUGUGGCAGUCGGAUGAGGGUCUCCAAGCUCAGAUGAAUUCUGUUAUCGGUGCCCUCCAGGAGCUCAAACUCUUGCAGGUCCAGACUGCGCUGGAGGAGCUGGAGUUCUCCAGUAAAACAAGCCAGGCCUCUUCAUACACUGGCAAAAUGCUCGAUCAGAUAAACUACAGUUCAAGAAUAACCCACUUGAACCAAACACAGAAUCCAGAAAAAAGUAUUUCACAAGAAAGUUUCAGGACUGAGCUUACCAUGGAACCAUCUUUGUUCCUCACUAGUUCUCCAGCAGAGAACCGGCAUAUUCCCAGGAGGGUUUACGGAGGAAGUCUAAGCACUUCUUCCUCUUUUUCCUCUCAGGAAGACACAACUGACAACAGUUUCUCCUCAUACGAUAUUGAUGACUCUACUGACUGGACAGCCUCAUUGAUGAACCAUAGUAGAAACAGACAGCCAUUGGUAUUGGGCGACAAUGUUUUUGCUGAUUUGGUUGGAAACUGGCUGGACCUGCCUGAUGUUGAAGGCCAGGCGGCAGGUGAGGAUCAAAAUGACUCGAGUCUUAAAGAAACGCUUUCAGAGUCAUCAACUAGCGGUCACUCUCAAGAUCUCUCCAGGAAACUCUCACUAACAGCUAACAUCUUCAAGCGAGUCCUACGCCGCGUUCGGCCACGACACCACCAAGAAAGUGAAGGAAUGGAUGGGUGUAAACAACCAAAAAUCACAUGCAGAAAGCCAAAGUCAGAUAUCAGCAAGCCAUUCUGGGUGAGAACAAGAGGAAUGAAGAAGAAAACCACACCCACCAAACAAAAGGGCAUGACUUAUCAGGGCUCAGAGGGUUUGACUGACAGAGGAUGGGUGGAUAUUGUAGAGAAACGUCCAUCUGUGUUUGAUUACAGCUCAGCUGUGUGGGUCUAAUAUAAUUAUUAACGAAAGACACCGUUACACAUGUUGUUAGACAUAAUUAGUGGACUUUAUGAUCAAAAUUGUUGUAACAAGAUGCUGAAGUGCACCUAGUUGGCAAUUUGUUAUUCCAACAUUUCAUAUUCAAGUCAAAAACAUACAGUAAUAUGGAAGUAGUCUAAACAAAAUAAUUAUAUUGUGAACUACAAACACAAAUAACUAAAUCUGAAUUCAGAACGAUGAAAUACAUUAAUUUAUAUCACUUCAUCAUGGUAUCACAACUAAAUAUGAAGCAAUCCAUAAAAGUUAAGCAAUAAACACCAUUCACUACAGACUGCGAUGUUGAGGUAAUAUCGUCCUUCUUUCUCAAGUGAGAGGAGUAGCACUCCAGAAGCUAUUGAAUCCAAAGUUAUGUAAGGUAAGCAUCUCUGGAAUGCAUUUUGUAUGUAUGUUUUUGUUAUUUAGUUUUUUGAGAUGUGUGCAUGGUAGAGUGAUGCUAACAGGAAAAAAAUAUAUGAGCCUAAUGCUGUUUCUGCUGAUGUCUGUAUCCAUCUGUUUAGGUUUAGGCCUAACUGUCAAUCAUUCUAUGAAAUAGUCCUGAAUUGUGCUUUUUUACAAAUGUCUUACUCAUUUCUUAGCUUUGCAAGCAUAAACCUGCUUUGUAUUGGUCAGAAAAUCUAUGCAAUGAUGCUAAACUCUUAUGCAAAAAAUGAAAACUGAGCAAAUGCAAAUGCCUGCCUUUUUUAUUAGCACCUUCAUGUUAUCUGUAAUAAAUAAAUGCCUGUGGGUGCUGCUAUAGUCUGUAUACCCGAGCUAUGGUAAUUACAAAAAAAUCUACUUGAAGUUCCUGUAAACCUAUAGGAGUACAUUUUGUAAAAGGGAUAUUCCAUUCAAGUCUUGUGCAUCAUGAAAAUCUGCUUUUGUCACACCUAAUCAAUGAAUGUUUAUGAAUUAAGAGACAGUGUUUGCAUUUAAUGCAGCAUGUAAUCUGGUGUGCAACAAAAACAAAUUUGUAAUGUUUAUGUUUGUUGCAUUCCAUGUCUGCAAAAAGCUUUGUAGAAAAAUGUAAGAGAAGUGAAAUUAUAUGGCUUUGUCCCAUAUUUGUAACUACAGUACAUAAAGUGAGCCACACUGAAACACUGUAUCUGUAUAAUGGUCUAUGUUGGUGAGGAAUGGUAAUCUGCAAAUACACAAAAGAACACAUCAAUAUGAAAUACAUUUAUUUAAAUCUAUGUCCAAAAAAAAAACAAAUCAAAACACACAUUACUUUAAAAUCAAAUCAAAAGCCAGCCAGUGUUUGAAAUGCUCAACAAAACCAUGGAGCAGAACAAUGAAAAAAAAAA